CGCACGUUUAGUUCGAUGCGUUUGCGUUAAACUUUGUUUUGACUUCUCAUCGAUUGCUUUUUAGAGAACCAAGUAUAAUCAAAAAAUCACUUUCCAACUUAGUAUAGAGUAGUAAUGUAUUAGAAAACAAGAUUACUGUGUGUCACCUAUUGUCCAUGUUCCUUCUUCAGUCUAAUAUAAGUACAUUCGUUGAUUCUUACCUUUGCACACGCAAAUCAACCCACCCGCAAAAUCAUCGAACAACGGCAGCCAUCUUUACUGGCUCCGAAACGGGCUGUGGUUUGUGACAGAGAGACGGUAGUGGUUCUUCAUGCGGUUCGCGCGACCAUCUCGUCGCCUAUGCACCCUACAAGAGAUUGGAAAUCAUUUUUAAUUGUGGCUAAUUAGAAGAACUAAGGAACUCGUGUCACGAAUUCAAGCUACCAAAAUAUGGCAAUGGAGACGCCAAGGGAGCGUGAGAUUGCCGCGGAGGAUAGUAUUAAGGUAGUCUGUAGAUUUCGACCUUUGAACGACUCCGAGGAAAAAGCUGGCUCUAAAUUUAUUGUGAAAUUUCCUUCUGGUGGCGAGGAAAAUUGCAUCUCUAUCGGGGGAAAAGUAUAUCUUUUUGACAAAGUAUUUAAACCAAAUGCCACUCAAGACAAAGUGUACAAUGAAGCAGCUAGAUCAAUUGUCACAGAUGUGUUGGCAGGGUACAAUGGCACUAUUUUUGCAUAUGGUCAAACAUCUUCAGGUAAAACACAUACUAUGGAAGGUGUUAUUGGAGAUCCCAAUAAUCAGGGUAUCAUUCCCAGAAUUGUUAAUGAUAUUUUCAAUCAUAUUUAUGGUAUGGAAGAAAAUUUGGAAUUUCACAUCAAAGUAUCAUAUUUUGAAAUCUACAUGGAUAAAAUCAGAGAUCUUCUUGAUAUGUCCAAGGUGAAUUUAAGUGUACAUGAAGAUAAAAAUCGAGUUCCAUUUGUGAAAGGUGCAACAGAGCGCUUUGUAUCUAGUCCCGAAGAAGUGUUUGAAGUAAUAGAAGAAGGAAAAUCAAAUAGGCACAUUGCUGUGACUAAUAUGAAUGAGCACAGUUCACGUUCUCAUUCUGUAUUCUUAAUAAACGUAAAACAGGAAAAUUUAGAAAACCAAAAGAAACUUUCUGGGAAAUUAUAUCUUGUUGAUUUGGCUGGUUCAGAAAAGGUUUCCAAAACUGGGGCAGAAGGUACUGUGUUAGAUGAAGCAAAAAAUAUUAAUAAAUCAUUAUCAGCACUUGGCAAUGUAAUCUCAGCUUUAGCUGAUGGAAAUAAAACACACAUUCCUUAUCGUGAUUCAAAGUUAACUAGAAUUUUACAAGAAUCUCUUGGUGGUAAUGCUAGAACUACAAUUAUUAUUUGUUGUUCACCAGCUAGUUUCAAUGAAUCAGAAACAAAAUCGACUUUAGAUUUUGGUAAACGUGCUAAAACUAUUAAGAAUGUUAUAUGCGUUAAUGAGGAAUUGACGGCUGAAGAAUGGAAACGACGCUAUGAGAGGGAGAAAGAAAAGGCAGCUAGAUUGAAAGGAAAAGUUGAGAAACUAGAGGCCGAAUUAUCGCGUUGGCGACAAGGUGAAACGGUUAAACCCGAAGAACAAGUUAACUUAGUCGAGGCACCAGAUGUUACAGCAUUGAUUAAUAUAUCCAUUGAAGGUAAACUCGAUGAUGGUCCAAUGCCGGCUACCCCUGGUGGCAAUUUGAUGGCUGGAUCCUUAUCUAAUGAAGAAAGACAAAAAUUGGAAGAGGAACGUGAAAGGCUUUAUCAACAGUUGGAUGAUAAGGAUGAAGAAAUUAAUCAACAAUCGCAAUAUGUUGAAAACCUGAAAGAACAAAUUCUCGAACAGACGGAAUUAAUUGCCACCGCGAGACGUGAGUACGAAAAACUUCAACAGGAAGUAAACCGAACACAGCAAGAACAUGAACGGGCUAAGGAAGAAGUUAAAGAAGUUUUACAAGCAUUGGAAGAAUUGGCAGUUAACUAUGAUCAAAAGUGUCAAGAGUGUGAUAUUAAGAAGAAAGAAACAGAAACUUUGACAGAAGAACUUUUAACGAAACAAACUACAUUGAAUAGUACUGCUUCAGAAUUACAACAAUUGCGAGAUAUGUCAGCUCAUCAGAGAAAGCGUAUUGCGGAAAUGUUAGCCAAUUUCUUAAAUGAUUUGGGCGAAAUUGGAGUAGCGAUUGGUGGUGAUGAAAAUCUAAAAGUUGCAUCUACGGAAAGCAAUGGUAAACUUGAAGAAGAAUUUACAGUGGCAAGGCUGUUCAUUAGCAAAAUGAAAUCAGAGGUGAAGAAUUUAGUACAACGAUGCCAAGGAUUAGAAAGUUUCCAAGUAGACUGUAACAAGAAAGUUGCUGAAUAUGAAAAGGAUUUGGCUGAAUGUCGUUUAUUAAUUUCUCAACAUGAAGCUCGUAUGCAAACAUUAACAGAAUCAAUGAAAGUGGCAGAAGCACGUAAACGUACUUUAGAAGAAGAUGUUGAUGCUUUACGCGAGGAAUGUGCCAAGUUAAAGGCUGCAGAACAGGUACAGGCAGUCACAAAUAAAGAAAAAGCAGAAGAGACAGAAGCAGCAACAAAGAUGAAAGUAGCCUUAGAAGAACAAAUGGAUCAACUACGCGAUGCUCAUCAGAAACAAGUUGCAGCACUCAGAGAUGAAUUGUCUGAGAAGCAAGAAUUGAUUAGUGAACUUAAAGAUUUGAAUCAGAAAUUCACAUUAGCUCAUCAACAAAUGCAAACUGAUUAUGAACGACUUAAACAGGAAGAAGCAAACAAAUCUGUUAAAUUGCAAGAAUUGAUCUUAUUUAAUGAACGUCGUGAACAAGCUCGAAAAGAUCUUAAAGGUCUUGAGGAAACAGUAGCCAAAGAACUUCAAACAUUGCACAACUUACGUAAAUUAUUUGUCCAAGAUCUCCAGGCUAGAAUAAAGAAAACAAUGAUUGUAGAAAAUAAUGAAGAUGGUGGCGGAUCGCUUACACAAAAACAAAAAAUUUCCUUCCUUGAGAAUAACCUAGAUCAGCUUACGAAGGUACAUAAGCAACUUGUGAGAGAUAACGCUGAUCUUCGAUGUGAAUUGCCCAAAGUUGAAAAGAGAUUACGAGCUACAAUGGAUCGUGUAAAAGCUCUGGAAACAGCAUUGCGAGAUGCCAAAGAAGGUGCAAUGCGAGAUCGUAAACGUUAUCAGUAUGAAGUAGAUAGAAUCAAAGAAGCUGUUAGACAGAAGAAUUUAGCCCGUCGUGGACCCAGUGCGCAAAUUGCUAAACCAAUUAGAGCUGGUCAACAUCAUAUAAAUGUUAAUGCUAUUAGAGCAGGAAAUCGUGAAAACGAAUGCAAGAACGCUUUCAUGAAUGAAAACAAUAGAGUUCCAGAGACUCUAAUUUGUAGUGGAUACCCAUAAAUGUUACAACUAUAUAGUAAGGGUAAUAGACGUAAUAUAUCCGCAAGGAGCACCGCCAGUUCUUUUUAUUUGUCUCGAAACAAGCAUGUGCUUAGGUAUAUUCAAAUAAGUGCAUUAAGUUAUAAAAUUAGUGCUGCAUGUCCUAUCGAUUUGUAAAUAGUUAAUUUUUAUAAAUUAUUUAACUUAAUAUCAUGCACGAUAAAUAAAGGUGAAUGUCUAUCAAAUAAUCAUGCAAAGGCCUCUCAUGAACAAUGUUUUAAUAUUUAUUUCUAUCAAAAUUUUAUAUACUAAGCCCUAUAUUUUUAAAAAGAUAAAUGAAUUCUACUAUCAUAGAAUAGAAAAUAAAUUUCUGAAAGUGACUCUAAUAUAAUUUGAUUGACUUAUCUACAGUAGUUUUAUCUAAUCUGCUAUUAACAUUAAAGUUUCCGAACAAACGAGGCAGUACUAUUUAAGAUUUGGUAGGUAUCGCUGACAUGAAAUGCGAUUGGACAUGCGGCUUUGAAAAAAUUGUAGGAAUGAUCGUGGCUUAUAAAUAUUUAUAAUUGUAAGAAUUCUCUCCAUUGCUAUUAACACAUUCGUGACAACAGAUUUUUUCGGACCUCCCAAGAGAGCCCACUUAACUGGUAGUUAAGUUUGUUGGUUACUCUAAAUAUUAUUGAGGUCCAAGAACC